AUGGGAAAUAAGAAGAGCGGGAUGAUCUCCAAGGAGGUCCUUGAUGAUCUGAAAUCGAACACAAAGUUCUCGGAGGACGAGCUGGUCAAAUGGUACGACGCCUUCAAAAAACAAUGCCCCGAUGGGCGCAUCGGUAAAGCUGACUUUGAAAAGAUCUACUCCACUUUCUUCCCCAACUCUGACCCCAAGGUCUAUGCUCGGCAUGUCUUCCGAAGCUUUGACACCAAUGAUGAUGGGACUCUGGACUUCCGGGAGUACAUCAUCGCACUGCACCUGACCUCCUCAGGCAAGACUGACCUUAAGCUGGAAUGGGCUUUCUCGCUUUUCGAUGUAGACCGCAGCGGUGAGAUCAGCAAGAACGAAGUUCUCGAGAUCAUUGCCGCAAUAUUUAAGAUGAUUCCUCCAGAAGAACAGAAAAGCCUGCCUGACGAUGAAAACACUCCCCAGAAACGGGCUGACAAGCUGUGGGCAUAUUUUGGCAAGGGAGAUGCUGACAAAAUUGCUGAAAAGGAAUUCAUUGAGGGAGUGAUGAAGAAUGAUGCAAUAAUGCGCCUCAUCCAGUAUACCCCCAAGGAAAAUAAAUAA